UCAUCAUCAUCACUUUCUCAGCCCUGCAAAAUGGCUCAGAUGGCCAGUGAUGCCACUCCUCUUGUCACCCCAUCUGCACCUACCACAACUAUCAACCCGGUCCACGAAAUCAUUCCUAAGGCCACCAAUCUCAACCCGAGAAGUCUUACUAGUAUUACCACCGCUCCUCCUCCUGCCUAUCCAGUCCAGCACGUAGCGGUUCCUGCAACCAAUACCAACCCGCCUGGCCAAGUGGUCACCCCAUUGCAGGCAAAGACCAUUCCUGCAGGCCGCGGGGGAAUGAGGAAGAGGGGAGACUUUCUUGCCAGCUCCGAGGACACGGCCAUGAUGGAACACAUCAAAGCCACACAUGAUCUUGAUGCGGUCCAUUACAAAGUUAAGCCUCUCGUGCACCUCAUUGAGGAUAUAAUGCCCCGAGCCAAUGCUACCAUUCCUGGCUACAUACAGAGUGUUCAAACUCAACCGGCACGCUUAGAUGCAAUCUUGGAAGAGAAGGUUGUCCAUUCUGGUCUUAAUGAAGCCAUUGAAGCCCUUGCCUACCCAGUACACAGAACAUCCACUGAGAUGAUUGGUGGAUAUUCAAACCAAAGAGAUGCACACACGACCACCUUAUCAGUCCUGAAGCUGCUAGCAAACUUCUGGUGGGACGCAAAGGCGGUGAUUGCCUUCACCGCCUUCGCGCAGCAAUACGGAGAGUUCAGCCUAGAAGUCCGCCUCUACCCCACCGAUCCACUUGCAAAGUCGGUGGCCACCAUCAAGCAGAUUCCGGACCUCAUGGAGAGCUCUGAAUCGUCGAGAUCUGUGAGUUCUAAGUUCCGGGAAGUCGCCAAACUGGCCGACAAAAUGCUCGAGGUUACCCACGACAUUAUUGCGUUCAAACAGUCUGCCUCGGAGGAGAAAACGCUUAAGGUGAAGUACAAGGUUAACUUGUACAAGGAGCUUACUGAAUCCUUGUCGCCGGUGACGGCGGAGCACGAGAAUGUUAUAGCAAAGGCUGCGUAUUAUGUUGUCAAAGCUGCUAUUACUUGUUCUCUGGUUAUCCAAAACGUGUUGGCCGUUGGACGAGAUUACUACUCCUCAACUGAAGAAGAGUUGGAGAUAUCCACCUUGACUCACAAGCUUGGUUACAUACAUGGUGAUCUACAAAAGGAAAUGCAAAAAUCUACCCAAGAAAUAGGCAAGAUAAAGCACACAAUCAAACGAAAAAUACUUGAAGAAACCUUGGCUAGGACACAUAUUGAUAACAAGUACUCGGCAGAGCUCAUCACAUGCAGCGAAAAUGACCCAACUCCAAUCGUUCAUGGAACAGGAAUUGAAACAAAAAAGGAUGGACUUGAGAUGUUGAGGAGGAAGUAUGUGUUCCUAUUGGUAUCAGAUUUGGACAUCCCUAAUGAAGUCAUCACUAUGCUCCGCCAUAUGUAUCUGGAAUCAAAGCAAGAUCCAAGCAGGGCAGAGAGUCAGUUCGAGAUUGUGUGGCUUCCAAUUGUGGACCGAAGAGCGCCAUGGACCGAGGCUAAGGAGGAGCAAUUCAAGCUAGUGAAAGAUAGCAUGCCGUGGUAUUCAGUGUCUCACCCUUCUAAGAUUGAUGAAGCAGUGUAUGGGUAUGUGAAGGAAGUAUGGGGUUUCACCCACAAACCCUUGUUGGCUGUUGUGGAUCCCCAAGGAAAACUAACAAACAUCAAUGCAUUGCCUAUGUUUAUGAUUUGGGGAAGUGUUGCAUUCCCCUUCAACAAACUUAAGGAAGAGUCUCUAUGGAGUGAAACUUCUUGGAGCAUGGCACUGUUAGCUGACUCCAUUGACCAAAACCUCUUCACUUGGCUUAAUGAUGAGAAGUACAUAUGCUUAUAUGGAGGAGAAGACAUGGAAUGGAUUCGGAACUUCACAAAGAGGACAAGGUAUGUGGCACAACAAGCACGGAUCCCUCUAGAAAUGCUGUAUGUUGGGAAGAUGAAUGUAAAAGAAAGGAUCAGAAGGAACUGCGCAAUGAUACAGGAGGAGGGGUUGAGCAGCAUCCUUCAAGACCCAACUAUGAUUUGGUUCUUCUGGGAGAGGCUAGAGAGCAUGUGGUUCCUCAAAGGAGAAAAAACUAUGGCAAUGCAAGAUGAUUCCAGAACUUACAUUAUCCCUGAAGAGAGCAGGGACCCUAUUCUGCAGCAAGUGAAAGCCAUCCUCAGCUACGACGGCAGCAAUCGAGGGUGGGCGGUGUUUAGCAGAGGGUUGGGUGAAAUGACCAAAGGGGAAGGCAGCAAUGUGGUAAAAGUGUUGAAUAACUAUGAUAGCUGGAAGCAUGAAGUGAGAGAUGUGAAUGCGUUUAUCCCUGCUCUGGAUAAACAGCUCCGUGGGCUGUACACUAAGCACCACUGCACCCGCAUGGUGGUGCCGGCGGCGGUGGGACACUACCCGGAGACGGUGGCUUGCGUGGAGUGCGGGCGAACCAUGGAGAAGUUCUUCAUGUAUAGUUGCUGUCUGGAUGAGUAUGAGAAUUAAACGCAGAUCCUUCAUCAUUUUGGCUGCGCUGCCACAUAUUAUAUACGUUGCAAAAUAAAGAAUGUGCCAAAGAUGCACCAGUGCAUUAUCUGAUUUUUUUUUUUUCAUGGUUUUUCCUUUGUUGUUUUUGAUCAAAUAUGCAUUUGAGUGAGAUAAUAUAUGGUAGUAUAUUUUAAU